AUGAAGACGAGCGUUAAUGGAAAUCUUGUUCGAUGCACGGUCUUUGAUGUCGAUGGAAACGUCACAGUCGUCAGCGGUGAGUUUAGAAAAUCAGAGCUGUUAAGCAAGCACGGACUACUCCCCCGCGAUCUGCGCAAACUCGACACCGGCUCAUACAGCACCAUGCCCUCGAUCCUCGUCCGCAACAACUCGAUCCUCGUCAACCUGCUCCACAUCCGCGCCCUCAUCAAAGCCGACAUGGUCCUCGUCUUUGACGCAUACGGCUCGACCGACUCCCAAACCCAAUCCGUAUUCAUGUACGAUCUCGAAGGGAAGCUGCGCCAGGGGUCAAAAGCAAUGGGCGGUCUUCCCUACGAAAUGCGCGCGCUCGAAGCGAUCCUGAUCUCAGUCGUCACCGCGCUCGACUCGGAGAUGAAGAUCCACACGACGCUCGUCACUGGGAUCCUCGCUGACCUCGAAAACAACAUCGACCGCGAAAAACUGCGCCAUCUGCUCGUGCAAUCAAAAGGUCUCUCCGCGUUCCUGCAAAAGGCCACGCUCGUGCGCGACGCCAUCAACGAAGUACUCGAGCAAGACGACGAUCUCGCAGGCAUGUACCUGACCGAGAAACUACAAGGCGUAUGGCGCCCGCCAGACCAGCACUCCGAAGUCGAGAUGCUUCUCGAGUCGUACUACAAGCACUGCGACGAAAUCGUGCAGGCGGCAAACAUCACAAUGUCAAACGUCCGCACGACAGAGGAAAUCGUAAACAUAAUCCUCGACGCAAACCGUAACUCGCUCAUGCUUCUCGAGCUCAAGUUCUCCAUCGGCGCAAUGGGUCUCGGCGGCGGCGCCCUCAUCGCGGGUCUGUACGGCAUGAACCUCCGCAACUCGCUCGAGGACGCCGAGCUCGGCUUUCUCGCCGUAUCGCUGUCCGCCGCCGCCGUCGUCUGCGGAAUCGUCUUUGUCGGACUCAAGCAUUUGCGAAAAGUCCAGCGCGUCACAAUGAUGUGGGAACGAUCGACCGCGCGGAUCCCAAACGCUCCCACUACCUCGUCUACGAUAGGUCAGCCGCUAAACUCACCACCGGGCGUUAAACCGAUGUGGACCUGUUUGUCUCCCGCGCCGUCGGGGAAACAGAUGCCGGGUAUAGGCAGGAUGAAAAAACGGUCAUCUUCAAAAUGGGGCGGGUGGUUUCGGCGUAGAUAG